AUGCCUGCUUUAGUGAACAACAUUCACGAAUCCGUCGCGCUGGUGCGCGAGCCCCAUGACGACGAGCUCUAUGUCAUGGACGCCUUUGAGCGUCAUGCCGGGCACUGCGAGACAUGCGCGGAUCCCCUCCAGACCCUUGGCAAGGGCCGUUCCCUCUGUGCCCGUGGCCAGCAGUAUGCCAUUGAUGUCGCCGGUUACCUCUACAGCAAGAACAGCAGGGCGCACUCCGUCAUCGCCCGUGAGCAGGGACAGCUAAUGCUAGUCAAAAUCCCCCGCGACUGCAUUGCGGUCCGUUGCCUCCUUCUUGCCAUCGAGAGGGGUUUGCGUCUGCCCCAGAAGAACCAGAGGCUUGCUCCCGUCAUCAGCCAUGAUCGCUUAUAUGUUGUGACUUCUCGACCGUCCACUUCACCGGAGCCAGAGCAGUACCAUCAGGUGAUCGAGAGGGAGCCACGGAGCCUUAAACGCCGUCGCACAGUCUAUACAGGGACUCGGGGCUCCUUGUACAACUCGGAUGCGGUAGAGCGAGUCGAGCGCACAUACGUGUCCACCCGCGUUUACCGACCAACCGAAUACCACCGCUGA